AGGAGCUCCGUCUCUGGAUCCAAAGCUCAGGAAAAGAAAUCCCAUCUAAACAUUAGGACAAACUUCCCGAUGGUUAACAACAGCGGCAGACGUGACAAUGUCGCCAUCCUUUAUGUAGUAAACUGUCCAGAUGUGAAAUAGGAGAAUCCGGUUGAGGAUAUUUGAUGGUGCCUGCGUUCAAGCAUGGGCCAAACCAGCAUGCCGACCCUGAAAUUCCCCAAGACCACCGAACCUCUGUGGCACAAAUGGGAUCGGAAGGCCCAGAAAUGCGGCUUGCUGAGCACGGUUCACGCCGUCAACGGAGAUCAAUACACGGGAGAAUGGUGGGACAAUCUCAAACACGGCAAAGGCAUCCAAAAAUGGCACAAGACCGGCGCAAUCUACAGCGGAGACUGGCAAUUUGGGAAACGCCAUGGCUAUGGGAUCUACGGCGUUCCUAACCCAUCCGGGGUGGGUUACCGGAAAGUGUACGCGGGCUGGUGGCAGAACGACAAAAUGGAUGGUUUUGGAGUUAAGUUUUUCUCGGAGACGGAGUAUUACGAAGGGGACUGGUAUGCCGGGAGGAGACAAGGCUGGGGACGGAUGUACUACAAGGAUGGCUCCAUCUAUGAAGGCCAGUGGUUCGAGGAUGCGCCAAAUGGGACAGGAAUGCUCCGCUUUAAAAACGAAAAUCGGUACGAAGGCAGCUGGAAAAACGGCAAGAAACACGGGCCGGGGAAGUUCAUCUACUUGGAGACAGGGCAGCUUUAUGAAGGUUUCUGGGUGGCCGACGCUGCAAAGUGCGGAACUAUGAUUGAUUUUGGCCGGGAAGAAGCUCCCCUGCCAACACGCUACCCAAUCCCAAAGGGCGAACUUGCAGACCCUGAAGGUGUGUUAGAUGAAGCCGUGCGUAAGUUAAAGACUACUGAAGAAUACAUUUCUCACUCUCAGAAAAAAUGAUAAUUGUUUGAGACCAAUGGGAAGCCAGAGACAACAGAGAGGCCUCCUUGAACUACUUCACUCCCAAAUAUAAACUUGGCACCACUUUCGAGUUUUUGACCUAUCUUUCAUUCAAUCAGGCCGUUUUCUUCCUCGAGAUGACGAAACCGAGGCUAUCAUACUUCAGAUGUAUCCUAAGAGGAUGUGACUCACUAGAAAAUACAAUAAUGCUUGGUAAGGUAGAAGGCAGUAGGAAAAGGAGACGAACAAAUUCCAGGAGAGGUCAAUUUGAUGGCAGUUAACAACAAAAAAACUUACUGUAUAUACUCGAGUAUAAGUCUAGUUGUUCAGCCCUUUUUUUAAGACUGAAAAAGUCCCCUCGGCUUAUACUCGGGUGAGGGUCCUGGUUGGCUUAUAUUUGGGUCAGCUUAUACUCAAGAAUAUAUGCUACAUUCAUUAUUUUUCUCUAUUAUUAUUGGUAUUAUUACAUUUGUUAUUUUUCUCUAUUAUUGUUGCUACUAUUACAUUUAUUAUUUUUCUCUAUUAUUGUUGCUACUACAGUAGAGUCUCACUUAUCCAACAUAAACGGGCCGGCAGAACGUUGGAUAAGUGAAUAUGUUGGAUAAUAAGGAGAGAUGAAGGAGAAGCCUAUUAAACAUCAAAUUAGGUUAUGAUUUUACAAAUUAAGCAGCAAAACAUCAUGCUAUACAACAAAUUUGACAAAAAAGUAGUUCAAUAUGCAGUAAUGCUACGUAGCAGUUACUGUAUUUAUGAAUUUAGCACCAAAAAUCACGAUAUAUUGAAAACAUUGACUACAAAAAUGCGUUGGAUAAUCCAAAACGUUGGAUAAGUGAAUGUUGGAUAAGUGAGACUCUACUGUAUUACAUUUAUUUUACUCUAUUUUUAUUAUGAUUAUUCAUAAAUUUAUUAUUUCAGACUAUUUUUAUUAUGAUUAUUAAUACAUUUAUUAUUUCACUCUGAUCUUAUUGUUAUUAUUGCAUUUAUUAUUUUACUCUAUUUAUUAUUACUUGUAUUAUUUUCCUGUAUUUAUUAUUAUUAUUACAUGUAUUAUUUUUCUCUAUUAUUGUUGCUACUAUUACAUUUAUUUUACUCUAUUUUUAUUAUGAUUAUUAAUACAGUUAUUAUUUCACUUGAUUUUUAUUAUGAUUAUUAAUACAUUUAUUACAGUAGAGUCUCACUUAUCCAAGCUAAAUGGGCCGGCAGAACGUUGGAUAAGCGAAUAUGUUGGAUAAUAAGGAGAGAUUAAGGAGAAGUCUAUUAAACACCAAAUUAGGUUAUGAUUUUACAAAUUAAGCACCAAAACAUCAUGUUAUACAACAAAUUUGACAGAAAAAGUAGUUCAAUACGCAGUAAUGCUACGUAGUAAUUACUAUAUUUACAAAUUUAGCUCCAAAAUAUCACGAUGUAUUGAAAACAAAAAUGCGUAUUGACUACAAAAAUGCGUUGGAUAAUCCAGAAUGUUGGAUAAGCGAAUGUUGGAUAAGUGAGACUCUACUGUACAUUUAUUAUUUCACUCUAUUUUUAUUAUGAUUAUUAAUACAUUUAUUAUUUCACUCUAUUUUUAUUAUGAUUAUUAAUACAUUUAUUAUUUCACUCUGGUCUUAUUAUUAUUGCAUUUAUUAUUUUACUCAAUUUAUUAUUACAUGUAUUAUUUUCCUGUAUUUAUUAUUAUUAUUACAUGUAUUAUUUUACUUUAUUAUUAUUAAACGGAUACAUAAGCACAUUUACAUUGAAGAUGAGAAUGAUUUGAUCAGAGUUGGAAAGUCUUAUCUUAAAUUUGAGCUUUAUGUACUACUACUAAUAAUAAUAAUAUUUAUUGAGGAUUCCGGAUGAAUGGAUUCUAAUCUUGGACAUGCUUAAAAUUUUAUAUAAUGCGAUUUUAUUUUGCAAUGGGAUCUGUUUUAUACGAAUUGUUUUGUAGAUUGUUUUAUACGAAUUGUUGUUUUGUAGAUUGUUUUAUAUGAAUGGUUGUUUUUACAUUGUUUUUAGGCACUGAAUUUUUGCCUAUUUAUUGUAAGCUGCUUUGAGUCCCCUCAGGGAGAAAGGCGGAGUAAAAGUGAUGUAAACAAACAAACAAACAAACAUUAUUAUUAUUUGGAUUAGGAUCAGAUUUGACCCCACAAUCGGAGAUUCCCCUCCUCCUGUGAAUGCAUGGAAGUAAUCAGAAAAGUUUGUCCUUCUUUGUUGAUCUGCAACAGGCUCAUUGUUAGCAAACCAAAAUACAACCCCAAAAAAACCCCAAACCCCAACAAAACAAAUCCGUUUCCCGGCACCUAAGAAGAAAGCAACAUCCUUUCUGAAGAAACCAAACUGUGGACAGAGUAAACUGGAAAAAUAAUUUUAAUUUUCUAGUUUUGUUUUUAGUCAUCUGAGCCAUUAUUUUCAAACAAGAAUAGGUACAAAGUCGUCAAGAGAAAUGUGAUUAAAAAAAUACACACACACACGCACGCACACACACACACACACAACCCAAACCAGACGGCGUGCAAAACAAAACCACAUUGGGUUAUUUCCGACACUUCUCCACUCAGUCCUUCCAGGAUACAGAAGAAACAUACCUUUUUUUUCUGGGCACAGAGAGAAGUUACCAACACAAUCCUGCUUGAACUUGGACGAGAAAAAAAAUACUUUGGCAGAACUAUCAUGUUUGUAAAAAGGAUCGUGCAUCACUCUCCCCUGUUAUGUACGUCAGCAUGCGCCCAUUUCGAAGGAUGCCGGGGAAUAACUUAGUACAAAAAGGGCACCAUUAUAGUUGACUUCCAAAUAAAAAUGACGUAGAAUCCAAUUCACGUUUUGAUACAACUUGAUUGGUCAGUUGUAUUUUAUUUGCAGUGUUAUCAACUGGAUAGCUUCUGGAAAUUUGUGUUACCAAAAAAGGUAGCUUUAUAUUCAGAUGUCCCCAGAAAGCACACACAUAUAUAUGUGAUUGAGGCAGUGUGGAAGAGGCCUGGUUGAAGUAGCCCUGGGCUGAGUGGGUUGCUAGGAGACCAAGUGGGUGGAGCUUAGCCUUCUAACUGACAGCAGACCAAGUGGGUGGCAGCAAUUGGAUAAAAACAAUUAUUCCUCUCCCUCUAAUUAGGACUUUAUUUUUCUUUUUGUUGCAUGAACGUGGAGGCAUGGAUGAGGGGUUGUGCUGCCAAGUUUAGUGUUUCUGGGAUGUGUAGUUUUGUUGUUUUGUCCUAGGCCGAAAUUUCAUUACCCUUUUAUAUACAGUAGAGUC